AUGGCGACAUUCACCAUCACCACCAAUGAGCACGCUCUCGGUGCUCCGCUGCCGCAGCCGCGGUCCAUCAGUGUCUCCAGCGUCCUUGCGACAAUCCCCGCGAUGACCACGACCACCGGCACUCCCACUUCCGAUAUCGCUGAGAACACCCCCGCCACUAACACCACAACACCAACCUGUUCCUAUUCCGAUAGCGACUUCAUGUCGCGCAUUGGCCUGGUCAGUCAUCUGCGCAUCCAUCGCAGUGAGACUUGA